CGCCCAUUCCGCACUCUAACUAAUCAAAUCCACUCCACUGACUAAGCCUUUGAGACUCGAGCAAGCACCGACAUGGCCACGCCGAAACCUUUCCCAGCCCUAAAGGGCGGUUGCGUCUGCGAUACUAUCCGUUAUCGCUUGCUUACGUCUCCUCUCUACUGCUACGCAUGCCACUGCCCCAGCUGCCAGAAACAAACCGGCAGCGCUUUCUGUCUGAAUCUCAACAUUGAGCUUUACAAUAUCGAGCUUAUUUCUUCCACCACACCACUGUUUGUCACGCGGACAUCCAAGUCGGGAAAGGUCAGUCGGCAUGCAGACUGUCCGACAUGCCACGUUCAGCUCUGGGCGUCGAGUGCGCUGGGCGAAGCAGUCAUUGAUUUGAGAGUCGGGACGCUAGACUUUCCGUCGCUCAUGGAACCCGAUAUGCAUAUUUUUGUGGAGAGCAAGUUGGAUUGGGUUAAGUUGCCGGAUGGGGCGAGGACAGCUGAGAGGGGGGAUAAUAUGAAGAAGAUGUGGCCAAAGAGUAGCCUUAAGAGAUUGGAGAUUUGUAUGCGGAGGGCCGAGGAGGUGAAGAGGAAGAGGGCUGCUGCUGCUGCUGCUGCUGCAUUGAAGGAGAGUGAGCGGAAAAUUGCUGGUGGUAGUAGUAGUGCGGAAGAGACUGCGGCAGUCGAGGGUAGUGGAGAGGGGGACAAGACGCCUACUGCUGGGGAAUUUGGGGGCGAGAACGAUGAGGAGUUUGAGAAGAGGUUUAGGGAAACGGAGAAGGCGCUGCAGGAACGCUUAGAGAGGUUGAGCUUGAAGCUGUCGGAUGAGGAGGUUGUGGAAAAGAUGGAGAAGACGACGAUUGAUGAGCCUGGGGUUGAGCGAGAUGGGCAGCGAAACGCAGAUUGAAGGAAGUAAUUCCCUUUGCCCGCUUCAAUAUGUAUCGCUUGGCUUUGUACAUUGGCCUAUGAUCAUGUACUGCAUGUUACGAGUACCUCCCAGACGUACUCUAGCCAUCCAGGUCGUGAUCAAUCUAUCGCUACGAUUUAGGAUGCAGUGUACUGCAGGGUAUCGGACGCCAGAUUCUUGAGAUUCGAGAUGAGCUCGUCGAGGUCUGGAGAGGCGUUAAUUUAGAGAACUUCUUGUUGAAGGACACGUGAAAAAUCAGGUGAGCAUGAUUAAGUCAAAGUCUGUGCCAACGAAUCAAAC